AAAUCCAGCUUCCAGGCAGCUAAUCAAAGGCACUUGGUGGAGAACAGAGGGAAGGAGCCGGUUUUUGCCAGCUCAAAACUCUGCAAGCCCACUGGAUUUCGGACUCUCCAGUUGAACUCCUCUCUUACAACUGUCCUGGGAUCCAACCAUGUCUACACAGGGGCUCCUCAGCAUGGUGCUGUUUCUAUCCAUGACUUCACUCUUCAUUCUGCUGCCGACUGUUCCACAAAGUUUAUCCCUUUCCCUGCGGAGUGGUUUGGGAACAACUUCAUCUUGCAAACUGUCCCCCUCUGAGUCUGAACGUAGAUGUCGAUUCCCAGGGGGGAAACUUUGCAGUGGCAGAGGCCAGUGUGACUGUGGGGUCUGCAUCUGCCAAGUGACUGAGCCAGGAAAAUACUAUGGACCACUUUGUGAAUGCCAUGAGUGGGUGUGUGAAACCUAUGACGGAGAGACAUGUGCGGGCCAUGGGACAUGUGACUGUGGAAAGUGCAGAUGUGAGCAAGGAUGGCAUGGUGAUGCUUGCCAGUUCCCCAAAACCUGCAACCUGACUCGAAGGAAAAGUAAUGAAAUGUGUAAGAAUUCACAGGACAUCAUAUGUUCAAAUGCAGGAACGUGUCAUUGUGGCAGAUGUAAAUGUGAUAAUUUAGAAGGAAAUGGAUUGAUCCAUGGUAAAUACUGUGAAUGUGAUGACAGGGAGUGCAUAGAUGAAGAAACAGGCGAGAUGUGCACAGGCCAUGGCAAGUGUUACUGUGGAAACUGUUACUGUGAGGCUGGUUGGCAUGGUGAUAAAUGUGAACUCCAAUGUGACAUCGCCCCGUGGGAGAUCAAGAAGAGGUGUACCUCUCCAGAAGGCAAAAUCUGCAGCAACAGAGGCACCUGCAUUUGUGGAGAAUGCACUUGUCAUGAUGUUGACCCAACUGGAGAUUGGGGAGAUAUUCACGGAGACACCUGUGAGUGUGAUGAACAAAACUGCAAAGCCCUAUAUGACAGAUACUCAGAUGAUUUUUGUUCAGGCCAUGGUCAAUGUAACUGUGGGAGAUGUGACUGCAAACCAAGGUGGACAGGGAAGAAGUGUGAGCAUCCGUUGUCAUGCUCCAUGUCAGCAGAAGAGAGCAUCAGGAAAUGUCAAGGGACCUCACAUUUACCUUGCUCUGGAAGAGGAAAAUGUGAAUGUGGCCAGUGCACUUGUUUUCCUCCAGGAGAGUCCAAAAUAUAUGGGAAAAUCUGUGAGUGUGAUGAUCGACAGUGUGAGGACAUUGAUGGGAAUGUCUGUAGUGGUCAUGGGAUCUGCUCUUGUGGCCGAUGCAUUUGUAAGGAUGGAUGGUUUGGAAAGUUGUGCCAACAUUCAAGGAAGUGCAACAUGACUGAAGAGGAGAGCAGAAGUUUUUGCGAAUCAGCGGAUGGUGUAUUAUGCUCAGGAAAGGGUUCUUGCCACUGUGGAAAAUGCAUCUGCUCGCCACAGGAAUGGUACAUUACAGGAGAAUUCUGUGACUGCGAUGACAGAGACUGCGACAAACACGAUGGCCUUAUUUGCACAGGAAAUGGUAUAUGUAGCUGUGGAAAUUGUGAGUGCUGGGAAGGUUGGACUGGCAACGCUUGUGAAAUUUGGCUUGGGACAGAAUACUCCUAACUCUGCCAUGGAACACAGAAGACUGACGGAUUUCUGGUUUGGUGUUUUAGGCUUUUGGAUUUCUGAUUUCCCCCAACAUUGGCUGCUAGAAUAAAUCAACUUUUAAGCAAGCACACAUGUUCAUCACUAGGCAUAAGUCAAGGAAUCUGAAAUAUUUGUUUUCAAAUCAAAUGAACUCUGCAUACCUCUUUGUUGCUCUGAUUCUGCUCUCAGUGUAAUCAGUGGGAGUAGAAUGAGAACAUUUAGCAUAUAAUACAAUAGAUCUUCAAGAGGGCCACAAUUAGUGUUUGCUGGAAAUUGCACAGUUGAGAUGCAUUGUAUGAGGUACUCAGAUUACUGAAUUUCAAUUGUACAAUAAGAAUUGUAUAUGUAUGACAGAGUCAUGCUGGUUUUGAAGUAUGCGAAAAGCCUGUAGAAGGAAGUGAGGGAUGAUCACUAUGGUCCUGGUAGUCCCUCUCUCCUUUUCAGUUUCUCCUUUCCUUCCAUCCCACAAGCUUCCCUGUAGAUAGAUGUCUUUCUUGCCUCGUCAUCCCAGUUUCCUCUACUUGCAAUGAAGAUGUUGCAAGAAUAGGGAAGAAUUGAACAUGAAAUGGGAACAUGUAACGGAAUCUGUUCCACACAGUGGUGUUGCCCCAUGUCACAGGAUUAUGGCUGUGCUGAAACUACCUGCUUUGUGUUGUGUAUAUUGAAAAAUACAUCUCAUCACCAUGAUUUAGGCACAAGUGAAAAACAGAUCUGCAUUAUUACAGUGAUAUCUGUUCUGUACCAUUUUCUUCUUUCUUCAUAAUGGUUUAUCCAUACUACAGUUUAAUCAGGGGCGGCUCAACCCAUUACGCAAAGUAAGCAUUCGUGGUAUAGUUGAUUUUGCCCAGGGGCGCUCUUGAGGCGACUUGGGGGAAAAUAGACCUUGACAUAUGCGAGUUGUAGUUACUGGGAUGUAUAGUUCACCUACAAUCAAAGAGCAUUCUGAACUCCACCAAUGAUGGAAUUGAACCAAAUAUGGCACACAGAACUCCCACGAUGAACAGAAAAUAUA